AGCUUAACCUCCAGCUCCACCUCAAACUUUCCAUCAAUUUACACUUUACCUUCAGUCGGGCUUCUGGGUUCUCCACCUGCCGCCGCCCGCGCGACAUCGACGACAUAGUGCCUCCAGCGCCUAACUUGACCUAACUGACUUUGCUCUGCUUCACUUACAUCCUACCUUACUUUGUAUCGUCGGCCUCUCCUUUUGGUGGCUUCGCCUCCUGGCGCUUUCUUCUCCCCUCAAGACUGACAUCUGGUCUUGUCUUGUUUCGCUUCUCUUCGCUCUUUGGCUUAGGACCAACUCCAAGGGGAAUUCAGCGCAACGCAACGCAACAAUUGUCGGAGCAUAUGCUCUUAUAGCUCGCCUUGUCCGCACAGCUUCUCCUCUUCGCUUCGUCCUCCACAAAUCAUCCAUCCUCUACGGAUACCUACCUCCCGAACCUUUUUAUUCCUUUCUAUGUUAUAUUUAUACGCAGACUUACACUCGGCACCAAUUCUCGAUAACCUUAUUAUCGAUCGCAAACCGCAAUGAAUUCUGCCUAUCACCCGCCCGACAUGUCGCAGCGAAUCCCAGGCCCUGCCUAUUCUUCCAGCGUACCACCACCACCAAUUCAUACCUACCAACAACACCAGCAUCCUCCUCCGCCUCUACCGCCCCCGAGUCAACAUCACCACUCGUCUCAUCCUCCUCUACCUCCUCCGCCGUCAGCUCCACAUCCUCACCACCAACAUCCACCGCCGCCGCCACCUUCCCACUCGCUAUCUUCGCAUCAACAUCAUAGCCAACCACCCCACCACCAGUCUCAACUCCCACCAUAUGCACCAGCUCCAUAUCAACAGCCUCAGCCGAGUCAAUACCCUCGGCCCCAUCCGCACCAGCAACACGCCCCUUCUCCUUCGCAACAUGAUGAACCUCCUCCCCCCCCGCCUUCCUCAGGACCAUCCCCUGCCGACCAUCAGAAAGAUUCCGAAUACGUUCCCCCAUCUUACUCCAAGAUUGAAGAAGGAUCAGGCUGGAAGUACAGUCUCGAUGUGAAGCAACAACCUGUGCGUGCGCGCAUGUGUGGAUUUGGCGAUAAGGAUCGUCGCCCAAUCACGCCGCCGCCGUGUGUUCGUCUUGUCAUAAUAAAUACUGAGACGGGUAAAGAGGUUGACUACAAUAGCCUGGACCACGCCAUGUUUGUGUUGUCGGUGGAUCUGUGGAAUCAUGAUGGUACCAAAGAAGUGAAUCUGGUGCGGUCGUCGGCUGGGACCGGCGCUAUGGCAUCCUCAAGUACCUACACUUAUUCGUCCUUAGAGCCAGGGACCCCUUCGUACCAGCAACAAUCUCUGCCCCCGAGCCGCGAGUCUGGAUAUGGGCAAUCGCAAGGGCUGAACUAUGGGCAGGAUUACCCCCCACCGGUGCAGCAAAGCUACGGGCAAGCACCGUCGUACCCGCCGAGCAGUUCCUACGGUCCGCCCCAACAAUACUACCCGCGACAUAGCGGUUACAGUGCCGAACCUUCCGCUCCUCCGCCAGGCGCCCCUUUCCGUAAUGGAUAUGGACAGGAUCAAAAUGCGCUUACUCGGAUGGCAGUGGUUGGGGGGCAACCCCAAGGGAUGUUUACGAGAAACUUGAUCGGCAGUUUGGCCGCAAGCGCAUUCCGUCUCGAGGACACUGAAGGACAAUCGGGUAUCUGGUUUGUCCUCCAAGACCUCAGCGUCCGUACUGAAGGAACCUUUCGGUAAGAGCAACUGAAUUUGGUCUGUGCCGUGGCUCGUGAUUGCUGACGAUGAAGUUGCAGAUUAAGGUUCUCCUUCGUCAACGUUGGACGCCCCGGAGGGCAGGGAACCAACGUAAACCAAGGCCGAGCGCCAAUCCUGUCGUCGUGCUACAGCGAGAGUUUCCACGUGUACUCGGCCAAGAAGUUCCCCGGCGUGUGUGAAAGUACACCAUUGAGCAAGAAAUUUGCGAACCAAGGCAUCAAGAUCCCGAUCCGUAAGGACGCCAACAUCAAGGGCGAAGGUGAUGAAGAGAUGUACGAUCAGAACUGAAGGAUUUGCGUGAACUAUAUCGCCAAAGAAAUAUUCAUGAUUGUUUGACCAUAUCAGAGAUGGGCUUUGGAAAUUUGGCUAUUCAGAUAGUUGAAAUCCGCAAGAGAAGGAAUAGCUGGCGUACACAAGAGGCAUUCGGCACUGGAAAAUAGACCAAAUCACGACUCUCCUCUGUACAAGGUUCCAAGAUAUGUCGCCAAAAUGUAUAGAGGUACUGCCCUUGUCAGACAAGGCACCAUGUCAUUGAAUACUGAGCAUAGACGCUGGCGUUGGUGUUUGGAAUUGAGUCGAUUUCUCAUGCUUUUAUGCUUUUGUCCUAGCUUGCAAUACAGUGUGUCGGUGAUGUUGCAGUUCGACACAUCUAAAGAGCCAACAAAGAGUGUGAAGCCAAGUGUGGGAUCGAC